AUGGAAAAUUACCACUCUCUGUACCUACAACUACUUCAACCUUUUAUACGAGUUCACUUUUCAGAGGAAUUGAUAGAUUCCGCAGUACUGGACAGACUUACAAGACUGUUUAACGCACACAACGUGACUGGGAAAGUGUGGGAUAACUGCAUUAUUAAGAACCGUCUUUCAAGAACCAAGUAUAUCAUCGAGUUUGACAAACCAAGUGAAGAUGUACUAAUUCCAUCUCAAGAAUAUAGCAAAAACGAACAUUCUGUGUUGUCGCCUUUCAACAAGGACUCAAGUAUUUUCCCGAAUGGGAUAUUGAUCCACGAGUGGUUUACAAAGUACGUGAAAGAGUUUCCGUUUGCAAUGAUAUUUGUGUGCAAAAUCAACGGUCCAGAUACCGACCAUCAAAUAGUUGAAAAGAUCUCCAAGUUGAAAACAAAACUUUGGUCAAUUGAUUGUAAAUUGACGGUUAUCCUAACAUCUUCAGAAGAUGUUAGCGAGUCGAGACUUUCUAAUUUCAGACAAGAAACCGGCUUAUCUAAGCUCAAUGGUCUUGUAUAUUUGCGCAAUUUUGAAGAUACAUUGGCAAACGACUGUGAUACCCUUGUAGAUAUGGUAUUGUCACAAUUAAAGGACGCAAGCAGUGCAUUUUAUUCCAACAUAGAGCAUAAAAUCAAACAGAGAAACAAGAAGUUUUAUUCAUACCCGAAGGUUAAUGAUGUCGAUACUUCUAUUGAGUUGACACCUAAAUUUUUGGAAACGAGGAAUAUAAUCAAACAAGGAGUGAUGCUUCAAUUUAUAUAUCCUCAUAAUCUCGAACCUGGUAUAAAAUUAUUGGAGAUUGGCUACCAAAAUUUGAUUACGAUCCUAAACUCAACAUAUGCAGUUAACUUAUCUCAACAUGACAACAAAAUAAUAGCACAAAUCAAAGACUUGUUGGAUGUAAUUGCUUUUCAUAUUGUUCGUGGGUAUUUCUCGUUGGAGGAUUCGUUGAAAGCAUUAAAAAAACACCAAACACAUAUUCUAAACGUAGUCAGUGUUAUGAAUGAAGAUAGUAACUGGAUUUCAGUUCAAUAUGAGUGGUUGGCACAACUAAUGUCACUCGUUCCAUAUUCAUUGAUCACAAGUUUAAAUAGUUCAUCAUUGUUGAAACUGAAUACCGGCAAUGUCAUCAGUUAUUAUGGUGGAUUACAGUUACCUGAAUUUGAUGUUGCAACAAAUCCAGGGUUGGUAUACAUGAAAGCAUAUGAGAAAAGCCAGUUUAAGGAUAAGAGAAUACAGUUACUUGGUAGUGCUAUACAAGAGCUUGAAUUAAACCAAAAUAAUGCAUUGAACCUGAGCCUGAUAUCCGGUUCCAACAAUUUGAAUUCCUUAAUUCUGUAUAUAAAUUGGUUGUUAGCAGAAGAAUUGUAUACAGAUAACAAACUCCGAGCCAGUGACUACUAUGAGAUGGCAUACAGUUCUUUUGGGGGAUAUAAAUGGUCUAAUAUUUCACAUUUAAUAUUGGAAAAAUUAUUGCACUGCUACAGUUCUUCAGGGAACAAAAGAAUGGAAUUGAAUGUAAUUUUAAAGUUGUCCACCAUACCAUACAUGUCCAAUUUCGAUUUAGACAAGUAUACCGUGAAGAAUGUAUUUGAUGAGUCACUCUUGAACAUUGAUAUUAUCGAUUCUGCGGUUCAUAACUUAUUCAAAGUUGAUGUAUUGUUGAUCAACAAAGAGAUGAAACACGAAAUCAAUGUACAUGAUGAAUGUAUUUUACAAAUUGAUUUGUCUUCUAACUUGAACAAGAACACAAUAACGUCCUUCUUUCCAGAAGAGACCAAAGUGAGAAUAUUCAUCAACCAAUUAGAUAUCAGCUUCACUAGAAUCGACAGUGGAUUAGGGGGAACAGGCUUCAAAAAUGUCUCGAUUAGCAACGAUUUUUCCAAGAAAGGGUCCUUUAUCAAUGAAAUGUCGGGAGAGCAAUUAGAGACGACGUUUGUGGAUUCUGCCAACUUAGAAAUCGACAUCCCACGAAAAGUGUUCCAUCAUGAACAGAAAGCGUUAAGUUCGGGAAAUUUUCAAAUCGAUGUGGUGAAGUUGCAAAUCACAGUGGAAAUAAAACAUCAGGACCACAUAAUAAACUUGAACAAAAUUGAACUUCAUAACGAUUUUACUAGCUCAACAUUGGCCAGUUUUCAAGUUGAUGAUCGCAGAAAAAGAAACAUCAGGCUAGAAGGACCAAGCUCACAGAUCAGAGUUUACCCAGUAAAACCCGACAUACGAAUUAAACCAAUUUCCCCAAUCACUUGUUACAUUCCCGGUGAGAGAUUGGCCAUUCCAUUUCAGAUUGAGUAUAAAAACAGACAUUUGUGCAAAGCUGGUCAGCUCAUUGCAAGUAUUAAAUCUGGCGAUAUUGCGACAAGUUGGGAUUCACAAAAGGAUGACGAACCUUUGAAUUUGGAGACUUUAGAAGAUGGUUCUCAUACAUUGUACUUGUAUACUCGAGAAUGGAACCAGGAGUUUAUUAAUGUUGAAUUACAAACUGUACUCGAACAAGAAAGCACCGAAAACGAGAAGACAAUCUACGACACUGCGAGUGUAUCAAUUCCAGUUUUGCCAAAUCCAUUUAGUGUAAGUUUUGUGGUAAUGCCGACUUACCGUGAGAGGGCUGCGGAUAUGCCGUCACCAUUUAUCUUGCCAUACAAAUCAGAUCAUAACAUGCCAAUAGCUGUACGAUUAUGGGAGGGAAAACUUGAUAUAUUUGAUCAGUAUAAAGAAUUUAUGGAAGAUGCAGCUGGAGAGAAGUUGGAGAUCGUUUCUGUUGACUUUCAGUUAGUGUCCAAGAACCCCGAGUUAUUGGUCGAUUUAAUUGACACCCCAAAGCUGUAUGCUCAACAGUUUAUAACUAAGAGCAAAAGUGGAUUCAGUCAUAGAAAUGUUGAAAUUUUGAGCUCUGCUGUUAUCAAAUGGAAGAGAAAGAACAGUGACCUGGUAGUGGAAUUUCAGACCCCUGAAUGGGAAAUUAAAUUGCCGUUGUCGGAACCACGAGUACUAUUGAAAGUAGAAAAAGUUGGGGACAUCUACGGUUUGCAAUACAUUCUAGAAAACCCAACACCUAGGAUAUUCACAUUUACAACAGAACUAUCUGGCUUUGAGCAAGGCUGGAAUUUCGAGCAAGAUGAUAGAAAUGUGAUACCGUUUAGGCAGAGUGCAUUCCCAGUGUUACCGUUCAGUAGACACCAUAUGGGUUAUUUUGGUCGGUAUGAGACAGAUGAUGAAACAACUACAGAGAGCUUAAGUUUGAUUAAGUUACCAACUUUUAAAGUUUUUGACGUGCAAUAUAAGGUAGCACUUCCAACAAUUCCCGUGACUACAAACAUAUUGAUUCGUGACGGUAAUUUGUAUAUUAACAAAUAG